AUGCUUAAUACGUUAAUAGCGGGUAUUAUAAGGAUUAGUUUCGGCCUAGGUAAGGAAAUCGUCGCCCUAGGUAUAAUAAAAGUAGAGACGCACUUUAGAAUAAUAACUUUCUAUAUUUUACUUAUUAAUACCCCAUUUCUCCUAUAUCUAAAAAAUAUAAAUUAA